ACUUGAUGUCAAAGCGUUGCCGUGCAUUAAAAGAGACAGCAACAGCGGUGACACAAGACCGUGGCUUGUUGCGUUAUGGGAACAGAUCUCUUCUGUCUGUCCUCUGUUCCCGACUUUCCAUAGGGGAAAAUCCAAAGCUUUUUUGAUUGCUCAUCGGACAGAUUUGUCGCUUAUUCACUUAAACAUGUUCCUGGAGAGGGUUUGGAAUAUUAUUGUUGGACUGAGUCUGAUUGCGGUGUUGUGUUUUAUUCACGGGUGUGCAGGUGUGUACAUCACUAUAAACAACAUCAACGGACCCCAGAAACUCACCAGAAACAUAUCCGAUUCGAUUUCACUGCAAUGCAAAGCUGUCAAUAAUACGCAGAGUGAAAAGCUGGUCUGGUUUCGAGGGAGGAGUCAGGUCAGGUUGAGCUCCCUGAAUGAAGUCAACACAAGUACAGUCUGCAUCGAUCCACUCAAAGAGGAGGACGACCAGAUUGUGUUUAGCUGUCGUCUCAAGAGGAAGCAAAACAUCAACAGCACCGUGGCUCUGGAUAUCUUAUUUGCUCCUAUUCUGAGCGCAGACAGUGAUGUCUACGUUGAUGCAUCUGAGGAAACUGACCGAACGUUUACCUGCAACGCCAAGUCCAACCCGCAAGCAAUCAUGGUCUGGUACAAAGACAACAGGACCCUGAAGUUGGAGAGCGGCCGACACAGCGUGAACUUGGACAGCAAUCUCUUCAGACUGUCCAUAAAGAUGUUGCUGAAGACGGACAACGGGACGUACAGCUGUGUGGCCAUUUCCCCCCUUGGCAGCAAAGCGUUGGACUUCUAUCUGCUCGUAAGAGAUAAAGUGAUUCCAGCCCCAAUCGAACCCAUCAUUGCUGGGUCAGUGGUGGUCUUGAUCACCAUCAUCUUUGCAAUUGCUUCCCGGAGACAACGAAUCAUUGAGUGUUGCAAAGGCGAAUCACAUUCCAGAAGAUUUACCGAGUCUGAAAUACAGUAAUGCCACGCUAGCAGUGCAACGAACAAAACCUACAGCUUCCUGAAUGGAAAUUCCCAACCGAGGAGAGGGCGGUGGGGGGAAAAAAAUUGAGAGCAAAUUUCUCACAGAGGCCAGCUCUUACAGCGAUUAACGGCAAAACCAAUUACGAAAAGAUAACUUUUGUAAUCAGUGCAAAAAUAGCAAAAGAUAAAUAAUUAGCACAGUUUUUGUUUGAUGUUCCUUUUCUUUAUAAAUUCCUUUAAUCUUGUUAAAUGAGUCCCAGGAUCCUGGCUUUCUCGUUACCUGUUCUAGUCAUUAAUUAUCUUCUGUGUGUAAUUCCAAGUGUCUUUAACUGAAAUUGCAAAUCUGAACUUGUUCUGCUGCCUUAACACAGCUGAAAGAAAUGAUUUACCAAACAAAACUCGCCACCAUCACUUUUCUUUGGGGAAAUCAGCAUUUUAAGAUUUCUUGGGAGUUAUUAAUUUUUUAAUUUAAAAUAAUAAUAAUCCUUACAUUUGAUGCAGCGCCUUAUCGUAUCUUCGCGACGUCUCAAAGCGCUUCGCAGAAUAUACUGUAAAGUGAAUACCAAUUACCAAUAACUCAGCCCUUUACAAAGUUUUCAUGAAUAGCCUGCACCCCGAUCAAAACCAAAAUCAUUUGCUUGUGACAGUGGUUUGACUUCAAAUAAGAAUGUAAUAAUAAAAUAAUUUCUAAACUGG